CUGGUAAAGGCAGUGCGCAGGCGCGUGACGUCAGCCGGAGCCGGGAUGACCGCCAGUGACCCCGGGACGCGAGCUGCUGCCGCCGAAGGCUCGAGCUGAGGCCGGACUCCGGACACUGACCCGCAGGCCCGGAGCAUGGACGCGGGCAGCCCGAGGCCGGCCCACAACGGGCUGCAGAAUGGCUUUCACCCGGGGCCCAGCCGCCGCAGCCCGGAGCGGGAGAACGAGUCACCCGCCAAGAAAUGCCGCAUCCGCAGGAGGAUAGACUCGGGGAGAAAAAACAGACCCCCAUUCCCAUGGUUUGGGAUGGAUAUUGGUGGAACGCUUGUCAAACUCGUGUAUUUUGAGCCGAAGGAUAUCACUGCUGAAGAAGAGCAGGAGGAAGUGGAGAAUCUGAAGAGCAUUAGGAAGUACCUUACUUCUAACAUAGCUUAUGGAAAAACAGGGAUUCGGGAUGUGCACCUGGAGCUGAAGAACUUGACCAUGUGUGGACGUAAAGGGAACUUGCAUUUUAUUCGCUUUCCAACACAUUCUAUGCCUAAAUUCAUCCAAAUGGGUAGAGACAAAAAUUUCUCUAGUUUGCAUACCACUAUGUGUGCAACAGGAGGUGGUGCCUACAAGUUUGAAGAUGAUUUCAGAAUGAUGGCUGACCUACAGCUCCACAAACUGGAUGAGUUGGACUGUUUAAUCCAAGGCCUUCUUUACAUUGAUUCCGUUGGGUACAAUGGUCAAUCUGAGUGCUACUAUUUUGAAAACCCCACUGACCCUGACCAGUGCCAGAAAAAACCGUACUGCUUAGAUAACCCUUACCCAAUGUUGCUGGUCAACAUAGGUUCAGGGGUCAGCAUCUUGGCUGUUUAUUCCAAAGAUAAUUACAAAAGGGUAACGGGAACCAGUCUUGGUGGAGGAACUUUCCUUGGCCUGUGUUGCCUGCUUACUGGAUGUGAAACCUUUGAAGAAGCUUUAGAAAUGGCAGCAAAAGGAGACAGCACUAAUGUAGAUAAACUCGUUAAGGAUAUUUACGGAGGAGACUAUGAACGGUUUGGCUUACUUGGGUGUGCGGUAGCUUCUAGGCAGAACAUCAACAGGGUAGUGUUCGUUGGAAACUUCCUGAGAAUCAAUAUGGUCUCCAUGAAAUUACUGGCUUAUGCUAUGGAUUAUUGGUCCAAUGGGCAAUUGAAAGCCUUAUUCUUGGAACAUGAAGGUUAUUUUGGAGCUGUUGGUGCAUUGCUGGAAUUACUCAAGAUGACAGAUGCAUCCUGAGUUGCUGAGUCGGACACAGGAGUUGACAAAGAGGACAUGUAUUUUUAAAAGCUACUAUCCAGAAAUUAGUGCCAGAAUGGAACUUGUCUAACGAAACAAUUAACUAUUUAGUUUUCAUAUCAGGUUAAGUAUAAAUUGCUUGCUUUACAGCAGCUACUGUUGUACUGCACUGAAACUCAUUUCGAAGGGAAGUUGAGUAAUCUAUUGUAUGUACUGUAUAUAUUUUAAACAAUGUGCAAAAUAGCCAAAACCAACUGGUUUAUUGUAUUAAUAUUUGGAGAUAAUUUCUGUAUAAAUGUGAACCGUUCUUAAUUUUCUCUCCUGGGAAGUACUUGCCUUGUGAAUGAUCAUACUGUAAUGAUUUAAGUAUUAUUUAUAAAUCACCUGGGAAUUGUUUUGCCAUUUUUCAUUUGAAACUACAAAGCUGAAGAUGAACCUGUUAUUUGUGUAGUGUUGAUUUUGUUGCCUUUGUAAAACUGUCCUGCAUAUUUAUAAAAAAAAAAUGACCUUUCUUUGAAAAUGCACAAGUAGUGACCAUGGCAGAUGUGCUGAUCAGACAUUCAACUUGAAAGCCUAUGCUUUCUUGAUGUUCUAAUAUCUUUUAGAUGUAAGUGCUUAUCCAGUCGCAACAAGAAGCUUUUUCAUGUAAACACUGUCUUGGCCACACAAGUGAAGGUACCUUUCCACUAAUGUGGAAAUUUUGGAUAAUUUGUUCUUCUAUUUUUAAGAAAAGCCACUACUUAAGAACUACUGUGUGAUGGAAAAUCCAUCAAACUACACAAAGCUUUAUACUGUGGCAGUUCAUUGUCUGAUCUUUCAAAACUGUAUUUAAAAAGAACUGCUGUCAUUGUACCGUGCAUUUUGAGAUAGGUGCCUCAAGUUAAUACUAAAUAUCUGAAGUGUGCAGUAUAAUGACUGAAUAUAACCACAAAAAUAGGAAAACCUAAUGUAGGUGUUUGUGGUUUAAGAAUUGGCUUUCUCAUGGAAUAUAUUUCACAUUCCAUUGAUAUCAUGAUAUUUCUGACAUAUUGACUUCAGUUUUGAGGACCUUUUUUUAAAAAAAAAAUUGAUUGCAUGAGAUGUCCUUCUUUCUGAAUUUCAUGAUGGCAGGAGUUGAUUGACUCUAAUAUUGUAAUGAAUUUUAAUUGGAAUGGUCUACCCCUUCCUCUGCAUAACAGAUUUUAACUAAACUCUUCACUUUUCGAUUUGUGUACAUUGAUCUAUUGUUUAACUGCAAUCUUGAGCUAUAAAUGCUAUUGUAACUAGUCAUUCUAUCUACAUUUUAUUCUGUUUUACAUGUAUAUCUGAAGAAAAGACUGACUAAGAACACUGUAAAUCAGCGUUGUCACAUUUUUAUAGCAAAUUAUAAAGAUUUGCUAUGUGUCUGUGGCUAGGAGCCAAGGUUGUAUGCAGUUCAUUCUCUGGAUGUGUUCUUUCUGCUUUUGCCUCCCAGAUAUAUCACCAGUCCAAUCUGCAAAUUUAUCUUGGCUAGAUGCCUUUAGCAAUCAACUCCAUCUAGUUCUAGUACAGAGGGAGUAUGCACUCCACAUCUGACGCAGAGGGAUGUGUGCUCCACCCUAAUUUGGUCAUUCAUGGAGACUGGUUUCACAUGUUUUUCAGUGAACUAAUUCAGUACACCAUCAGCAUUUACCUUAUUGAACACAAAAGAGUGAGCACCCCAAGAAGAGCUGAAAUAUAUAAGGUUACUGAUUUAUCGUUUCUUUUAUUUGUGAAAAGUCACAGUUGGUUAUUGAGCAUUGAAGAAUGCCAUUCGAUCCAUGUUUCAAUGAAUAUAUAUUGCCUAUCCCUAGUUGCCCUAUUGGAGGUAGUGAUAAGCCUACUUCUGCAGGCUCAGUGGGUGGAGAUAGGUCCACAGUGCUGUUAAGUAGGAAUUUUGAUCCUGUAACUAUGAAAAGAUGACAAUAUAUUCCCAGUUGGGUUGAAGUGGAAUUUGAAAGUGAUGGCAUUCUGUGCUUGUUCUACGCAUUGAGGUUUUAGGUUGGAAGCAUUAAGUUGCUGCAUACAACUUGUAGAUGGUACAUGGGAGUGCCACACUGCAUCACUGCUGGUGGGAGUGAAGUUUAAAGUGUUGGUGGGGUGCCAAUCAGCUUGGUAGUUUAGCUUUGGAUGAUUUCAAAAUUCUUGGGUGUUGGAAGGCAUUCAUCCAGGCAAAUCGAACGUAUUCUGUCACAUUCCUGAUUUGUGCCUUUAGAUGGUGCAGACAUUUUAGGGAGUCAGGAGGUGAGUUAGUUGCUGUAGAAGUCCUCUUGCAACUACAGUAUUUGCAUAUCUGGCCUAUUUCACUUUCUGGUCAAUGGUUAAGCCCUCAGGAUAUUGAUGGGGGGGUUUGGUGAUGGUAAUUGUCAAAUUGGCAUUGCAUGCAUGCAGGCAUGGGCUGCUUCAUUAUCUGAGAAGCUGAAAGCGAAACUGAACAUUGCAGUCAUCAGCUGACAAAAUCUGAAAUGAUAACACUAAUUGAAAUACUUUAAUGGUAUGUGAUAUUGGUUCUUAGCCUGUUAUAUGUCGUUCUUAGUCUAUUUUAAUCUGUAAAAUUGAGUUGUAAACUGUUUUAAUCCAAUUGGGACAGUCGACAAAAUUUACAUCUUAAAAUAAAGACUUGAAGUAUGUCUGA